AUGGCGGGGUGGGUCGAAAGGGUGAAGCGGGCCGAGAACGGGCGGGUGAGGCUGUGGACGAGGCGGGUGGGGACAGGGCUAAGUGCAAACGGUGUGGGGCGGGCAGGGUGGGGUUGGGCUGGGGGUGUUGUUGUGUGGUGGAGGAGGGGCGUGGCGGGCGGGUGGGUGGGUGGGGCGGGGCGUGGUGGAGUACGGCGGGUGACGCCAGCCGUCGACAUGCGAGGGCCGCUGCUGCCGCGUGCGCCGCUAGGGGCGCUGCUGCCGCCGCUGCUACUGCUUCUGGCCGCCACGCUGGGAACCACCCGCGCUCGGCCGCACGCCACAGACACACAAGAUGUCGCCGCGGCGCCGCUCACCCACAGCUUCUACCAGCCCGGCGCGUGGCGACCCGUGGUUCGCCCGGCCGCCGCCGACGGCGUUGCCUUCGCCCCGCGCAGCGCCGCCGCCCAGCCGCCGCCGCCGCUUGUCUCCAGCGUCGCCAGCAGGGAUAGAACUCAUUUGGGGGCCUCUGUGGUUGAGGCCCAGGCGGAGUCAGCAGGAACCACACGACCGCACAAAGCAAUUUCUAACGACACUCUUAGGGCCGUUACAGAUAGCGCGACGGAUACUUCAUCCGUCACAAGUGCCUCCGACAAUGCAAAGACAGUCCAUACGCAGCCCACAAAUGUAAAGCCAAUUCCUUCGUCACGUGACAAAAACGGUCGUAGCUUAGGCGAAUUAUCCCGGGAAGCUACGAAUGACGCAACUCCAGACGGCGGUAACACUCAAACACGCCAAUCUCUUACGCGACAAGUAGUUGACGCAUGGCCGCUGGUCGACUCGUUAGUUACCAACGAUGAUCCUAAGCUAGCAGAACCAUCCGCAGAAUCUCACGGAGAGGCUUCCCUCCAAGCAGGGAGAGGUCACGUGAUGGCCUCCGCGAAAGGACGAGUCCAGUCUAGACGGGGAGUAGCAGCAAGGCGACUCACUAGCGGUCCGGUUUUUAACAGGCGAGAUAAGCCGGUCGAAUUAUUCCGGACUCCCGGAAAUAAAACACAUUUUCACAGGAAUGAUGAUGCGGCUAGGAGAGUUAACAUGCGAUCGACGGGCGAAGCUCCACAAUCGAUCAGCACUCGACUAUCGAGGGUUUCGGCGGGAACAGUUCGGGUUUACACUUCGCCGGAAGAAGGUGCACCUAGACCGGAACCCAAUGGGGAAAACGUUCAGUCCGUCAAUAGUCAUAGUUGGGGUAAAUCCAAAGAUCCACAAAUGUCCACUGUUGAAUCAGGUACAGCCCCUCCAGUCGGCACAUCCGAAGACAAACAGGGAACGAACAUAAAUAUAUUCACCGGCGUUCUUUCCUCGAAUGGUUCUGGUAGCGGCGGUAAAUUAAGUGAGUCACCGGGCCUUAGCGCGAAUGACAGGGGCGCAAUGUCACAAGAAUCGUUAGAUGUUACGAGUUAUCGUGGAAUGGGCAUUUCGAAUAAGUCACACAACACUGAUACAGCCUCUCCCGAAUUAUCAAGGGAACCCGAAAGCGGUUCGCAAAUACACACAGGUCUGGAAGACCCAAGUUUCAAAGAUCCAAGUAAAAUUACGACGCCAAUUGUGUCCGAUUCGGGGACAGCAAGUGAGUAUAAUGAGUCACUAGGUCUUACUGAGAAUGGUAAUCGAACAAUGUCGCAAAAGCUAGUGGAUCCAAAUUUUCAUGAAACAGGUGCACAUAAGACAAAUGAGUCUCAUAAUGAAUCUGCAAGUAGUACUCCAAUAAGUAUUUCGAAGUCUGACCCGGAAACUACGGAGAUUCCCGCAGAUUCGUUCGACGAGAAUUCAUUCGAUAGAGAUUCGUUUGUCGAAGGUUUAUUCAAAGACGAUUCGUUCAAGGAAUUCGCAGAUUACUUGUUUAAAGAAUUGACAUCUAUUAGUAAUAAAUCGACUGGUUCAAUCUCGACAAAGGAAUCUGAAAGAAUAUCCGAACCGAUUACUCACACGGAUUCUACAGAACGUAGUUCCGAGCCCAAAGAGAACAUUGAAACGCACCGAUUUGAAUCUCUCUCACAACCGAAGAUAUUACAUGGGAACCACUCUAAUGGAAGCAAUAUAAUUAACGCAAAUGAAACAUUGACAAAUGGUGUUUACUCGAAUAUUUAUGUUAAUAUUCAAACCAACAGUGACCGGUUGCAUCAGGCGUUGCAAUCACGUGACUUUCCAACUUCGACCACAGAUCUCGACUCCGCCACGAGAGAUGUAAACAAUCCUGUAAAUAGUUCAAAUUCAUAUUAUUCAAACCAUACUUCCAACUACACGGACAAUAGAGGUAGUCAUAUUGAAACUAGAGAGCAUUCAUAUGAAACAACACUGCCAAGUGAGAAAGUACAAUAUCGCGACAAAAAUAUGACGUACACUAAAAAGGAUUUGCCUAAACGUAAAAACAAUGAAGUGAAUGUUACAUCGGGAACGUUACUUUCAAAUGUUACUGUGUUCGAUCUCGAAGGUAACCGUAUAAACGAGACUGGAAAAAUAUAUGAACUUACUAAUAUUACUUUAAAUGAUCAUAAUAAAUCUGCUCCAAAGCUUUACACAGACAAGUAUACACUUUUAACAGGUGCAGAUAAUCAAACAAUCGCUCAUUUUAUCGACCGUUCAUUCGCUUUUCAACAGGUGCAUCAAGAACCGGAUUUUUUAACUCCUUUGCAGAAAAACAAUCGUUCUGAAAAUGAAACUUUGCAUGAAAAGGAAUCUGCGAAAAAUUCUCGGAAGGAAACACGUGACAAAGGAGACGAAGAGGGAGAAUUAAGAAAUAGUCCUCUGAGCAGAGACGAUUCUUAUGCAAGGUAUUACAAGCAACGGGAAGUUCCAGAGCGGUACAGACACAAAGUAGGUACGAACCAACAAAUGUAUCCAAGUACUACAGAACCCGUACGAACGGAAAGCAUUGAAGCUGGAGUUUUGCCUUCUCCAUUCUUAGAAUCACAAAAAUACCGAAACACAAUGAGCAGACACUCAAGACAGAUGAUUAAAAACACAAAAGAUAGUUAUUCGAUAGGACGCGAAUAUUUUAUCAACAAACCGUUGCCAGCUCUCGCAGCCAGCAGAAAUGAAAACAACGAUGUGGCAAAUAACAACGAACCAACUGACGCCUCCACUGGUCUAGAAACGCCUUUCACGGAAGUGACGAUUCCAAGUCAGCUUUCGCCCCUGUCAGGCGAAUCAGCUACAGACGACUUGGGCGAUGACGUCACCGAGGAGCCCUCCUCCGAUGGGCCAACAGCUCAAAUAAUCGCACCCACGCCCACCCCCACCCCUGCCCCCGGACGGUUUCCACUCCCCCUCCCCUUUCAACCCUCCGCCCGCGCCCUGGACCGUCCCGCCACCACGGCCCCGCCCCCCUCCGCCUUCGAUUACGCCGUGAGUCGAUUCCCUCCGGAGGAAUCGGAAGCGGAGGACCCGGUCGCCUUGGACGACGAUUACGAAUCUGCGGCCGGGUUCCGCGAUUUCACGGACACCAGUAGUUCAGACGUCCCUUCCCACAGGGACAAGGGUGGUGGCGACGACGACUACCAUUUUGACAUCCCUGAAGGUCCAUUCCUGCACGGCAGGAAGGGACGGGUGAGCUUCUUUGAGAAUACCCGUCCUACAGAAGCAUAUUCUGGAAAAGAAGACACGUCCCACGAAGACUCAAAACAAAGAACAUCCGAUGAAUAUGAGGAACCAACGUUUCUAGGAGAUUCACGUAACGACUUCGACGAUGUGUCAGUGCCAGAGGAGGCUACGUAUUACCAGGCAGAGGGCAAUCAAUACUCAGAGGAAGAGAACGCAGUGUUAGACCUCGUGCCGCUGAUCUUGCAUUAUCUGUCGGAGGACGUCAAGUCCCAACUGACGCACCGCGCAGACCCUGAGCUGGAGACUGUUCGAGAGACGGUGCGCGAUACGGCCACUCUCGUCCUUCAGCUCAUCGACUCGGUUCGCUACAGUAGUCGCGCCCAUCCCUUUGAUUCGUUCGCGCCACCACGAAACAAGAGAGGAAAACGAGAAACGAAAUUUUACAGAAUGACCAACGAUGAGUUGAUGAAGAAAUUGAAAAUGUUUUCAGAAAACAGAUCUACCGAGCGCCCUACAACAACAGAAGCUCCGCCGAAGCUCUCGUCCUCCACAGAAGCUCUACCCGCCAUAAAGACAAUGAUAGACUCUUCUGAAAAUCGAACAUUUACUAGAGGCAAAGUAGACAAGAUUUCUCGUCCACAUACCACUCAAAAUACAACUGGCACUACUAUUUUCCAUCACAGACUAUCGAGUGGCAUUACGAUUGGAAGGCUAAGAGACAGAAUAAAAAACAACCGGCCUUCUGGGAAUGUAAAUAAAGGCACGAUAGAGACUUUCAACAAUGUAGGUCCUCAGAACAGAUCAAAUGUAAGCAUGCAAAGCCUCGUCUCAGAGAAAAACCAAACUAACGGUAUUGCACCUAAAGAUUUUGUCGCUGUGCCUGUAAGUACGAGCAAACCAAAACAUAGUUCUCAAACAGCCGGCAUCACGAACCUACAUUCCACUGAUAUAUCAAAAUCCUCUCGAAUGGGCGUGCUAGGGCAGCUGCUACGCAACAAAACUCUCGAGGGGCCUCUGACAAUCGAUCGAUUUACAAUCGAUAGACCCCCGCGACUUCAACAUCAAUCUCUAGUCGCGUCUUCGUUGUCACAGGACUCCACGAAGAAAUCCGACCGGUCUUCCGCCGAACCAACGUACUAUCGAUUCCGGAUCGAGCGUCCAGUCGAUCUAUCGACUACGUCCCCCAUCAUCACCGCACGACCCAAGCCAUCCCUCGUCGCUUCUUCAUCCACGUCGCAAUCGAUAGAGAUAUCCGACCGGUCAUCCGCCGAACCCAAAUACUAUCGAUUCCGCCUCGAGCGCCCGCUCGACCGACCGAUUUCGUCCACGGCGUCGCCCAUCAUCACCGCCCCGCCCAACCUCCGGCCCGAGUGGGACGCGGAGAAGCGCGGAAAGUCGAUAGUGGACGAAGCGGCGUGGCUGCGAGUGGCCACCCGCGACCACCCGCGCGUCGCCAUCCGCCGCCUGGCCGACGUGCUCAGGCUGGCCAACAGCCGCACCAUCGCCCCGUUCAGGCACGCGAGCAUCGCCGUGCGCAAGGGGCAGUCGGCCGAGCGCGCGGCCGCCCGGCCCGAGCCCAAGGACGAGUACCACUACGUCCAGAGCCCCGAGGACAAGCUGGAGCUCGUCAAGCAGUUCCUGGCCAGCAACCUGCACGACCUCACGCUGCCCAACACGACGGUGCACGCCCCCAAGGGGCAGGUCAAGCUCAUCCACCUGCCCUCCAAGCUGGCGACGCUCCACACCGAGAACAAGCUGUGGCCGGGCGGCGCGUCCGGGGUGCAGAGCCUGGACGACCUCAUCAUGUACCACACCUACACGGACGACGCGGACGUCCGCCCGCGCCCGCCCGCGGUGGAGGUGGUGGGCGCGGCGCGGCCCCCCAAGGGCGGCUACGACCACGGCGCCCGCCGCCCCCCGCCAGGAAGCCCGUCAUCAUCGUGGUGGAGUCCGCCACCAAGGAUCGGCCGUCAAGCCAGAGUACCACAUCCACCACCACCACCGCCGCCGCGUCAUCGCUCCAGCUCGUCCGCCCCAGCAACUCGUACCCGCGCCCAGCAACUCGUACGGCCGCGCACCCGGGCCCAGCAACUCGUACCAGCGCCCAGCCAAUUCGUACCAGCGCCCAGCAACUCGUACCAGCGCCCAGACUCGACCCAGCACACUCGUACCCAGCGCCAGCAACGCGUACCCGGCGCCGACCCCGUUAGCCCCCGCCCCGGCGAGGACUCCUCCAGCGGCAACAAGCCCCCCUGCACCAACAUCUACAUCAACUCCGACAUCACCAACACAAACAACAUCAGCAAGGAGGGGUGCACGGACGUCAACAUCGUCCUCCAGUCCAACAUCACCAACCACAACAACCUGGACGUGCCGGCGCGGAGGCCCGGGUUCGGAAUCCAAAACCAGGACCCGUCACCGCCCACGGCGACGGCCACCGCCACCGGCGGCACGGCCACCAGCACGGGCGGCGGCGGCGGCACAAGCCCCACGGUGACCGUCACCACCACCGGCGGCGCCACCGGCUUCACCACCUACCAGCUGCUCACGGCGCUCUACUUCAAGAAGCUCAAGUUCCUCAAGCUGAUCGUGCUGCCGCUGCUGGCCGUCAAGUUGGCCGGCCUGGCCAUGUUCGCGCUCGUGUCCAAGAUGCGCAAGGGCGGCGGGGCGCCCGCCAAGGAGCACAACCUGACGGUGGUGAAGGUGCCGGGCCCCACCAAGCACAUCCACCACACCAAGUACGUGCACCUCCCGCCACCGCCGGCCGUGCACUCGCACGCGGGCCCGCACUGGGCGCGCCACGCGCCGCCCAGCGACCAGCACAUCCAGGUGGACCCCGGGGACGUGUUCGACCGGCAGCAGAGCGCAGAGGACUACGGGCGGGGGGAGGAGGAGGAGGAGGAGGAGGAAGGCGCGGCGGGGAACAGGCGCCCCUACACGCACGCGCACAGCAGCCACGACAUCCUGUGGCGGCCGCACCGCAGGAAGCCCAAGGGCGCGCCGCCCUGGUUCACGCCCACCGUGCCCAGCGCCCGCCGGCGCCGCCCGCCCGCCAGGGGCACCUAA